AUGGAUCUCUCACGGCAAGAGUACCCAACCCUGGUGGCCACUCUACAUCCCGGCCAAGCUACGACUAUCCUGAGCGAUCGCAUUCGAGUCAUUCACAAGAUCAAUGCGGAUAUCGCGGAUUACCUACAGGAACGACGUCGCGUUGAAGAAGCAUACGCUCAAGGGUUACGGAAGCUGGCGCAUCGGCCGCAGUUAGACAAUGGAGCUGCUCUUGGCAUUUUCCAAAUCCCCUGGCAACGCAUCAUCAGUGCCACCGAAACGCUCGCCGUGUCGCACGAGACCCUUGCAAACAAGAUUGAGGAGGAUGUGGAACGACCUUUAAGGGAAUUCGGCAGCAAAAAUCCAGAGAUGAACUCGAUGCCCGGUAUCCAGAGCAAUCUGGCGGGGUUGGCGAAGAAUGUGGAGACUGCGCAGAAGAAGGUGGAUAAGGCCCGGGCGAAGGGUGCCAAAGGUGCAGACAAACUUUCUAACGAGAUCGCCAAUGCCGAGGAAGUUCACCGGCAAUGGGAAUCACGAGCUCCCUUUGUUUACGAGCAACUCCAGGCCGCCGAUGAGACCCGGCUCAACCACCUUCGGGAUGUGCUAACACAAUUGGAGACCCACGAGCUGGACCAAGUCGAGCGUGGUCGCCAGGCUGCUGAAAGCUGCUUGAACAUUCUUCUCAAUGUGGAAACUGCAGAUGAGAUCAAGACCUUUGCUGCUAAAAUGGCGGGUCCACGGGUCCCUGUGACGCAGGUCAUCGCCAGAAGUCAGACUGACCGGGCAGAGACACCUUCCACAAUUGAGCCAUCAUCCGAGCGGACACAGUCUGCGCCAGUCGAGCGUCAUUACUCCACACCACCAACAGAGGCACCACUUCCGCCCCCUCCACGCAUCCAGGAUGAUGCGGCAAGCCAACUGUCAGAGACAUCUGAGAGACCCACCGUCGCUCAGACAUCACAAGAAGCACAGCCAUGGCAUACUCCCUUGGGGGGAUUGAGACGUCUUGGCACUGUCAUGAAUAGGAGAAAGAGCAUUGUUGGACCCUUGACUGGAACUUUUGACCGAAAGGCAGAGAAGAAACGUAGUCCCUUUGCUGCAUUUAAGCGAGCCGACACCUCUCGCGAUAUGCAAAUACCAGAAUCUCCCCCCCUGACCGCCACCGGCCGUCCGGGGACAUCCUAUACCGAUCGAUCAUCCUUACGGGAUUCUAGUGUGUCGCAAGAUCACGCCGGAUUAGAUAUUGCUGCAACUGUCUCUGAAGCGCACCCAGAGAGACCCAGAAAUGGAGCUGCCUCAGCGUCUCUUGAGUCGGCCAAUAACCGUGUCGAUCAGGUAAACUACCAACCAGCGAUUCAAAAUUUACAAAUGCAACAACCACUGACUGUUCUCUCUCACCUUCAGCCACACGUUGAUUCAGAAGGUUUCACCCAGCGCCCGGCAACAAUUGACGAGAUCACGCGUGCCCAGAAUGAGGCAGCAGGCCUAGAUGAGUCUGGUCUGAAUUUGACAAUUCGAGAUCAGCCCAUUUUCGAGGAUGAGAGCCAAGCGAAGCAGGCCAUGGAUGAUAUGGCAAAUACCCUCCGAAUGGUUAGUGACAGGUCUCACCACCACUCAAGCAAUGUGCACAAUACUUACCUUAUUAUCCAGCGGGCUCCGCAGACAGGAACGAGACGCAAUGCAGGUACCAUUCGCGGACGCCGUGAUGUUCGCAAUACCAUGUUCAUUGUUUCGCCUGGCAAUGAGCUUCCACCAUCUUCGGCAGGAUCGGGGUCCCAGCCACCAAAUUCUCCACUCCGGAAUAUGACCUCCCCCAGCAUUGCUCCCAGCACCGCUACGGAUGAUCACACUAUGUCGGAUACAACAUCUGUUCGCUCCGGACACACUAUGCAUGGUCCGGGAGCUUCAAUACAUCCUGAUCUAUACGAAUCGGGCCUCAAUGCUUCAGUAAUUGAGACCAUCAAUGCAUGGUUCUCAGAGGGUAAUGUUACCAAAUCUUCUGUCGUUGGUGAGCUUGCUCUAGUAAACAAUGCAACACCGGGUCAUGCGAUAGAGCGUACUCGCAUCCGACUCAAUAACUUCCAAAUGCUGGAAAAGGUAGCGGCCAAUCCUCAUUUUGUGCAGGAAGUCUCCAAAGACGCUGGCGAUGACAAAAGAGGCGAAUACGAUAUCCAGCUGGGCAGCAUAUCCCGCCCCAUGCCGACUGUUGCAUUCAAGUAUCAACUUCAUGUCGACCCAACCAACCCCUCUGCCUACUGCCCCGUGAUCUUCAGGCCAGUCUGGAACCUAGAAGAAUUACAAGCCAGCGCCAUCAUCUACUAUACGCUCAACCCAUCUUUCAUGUCCCACAAAUCGAAGUCGAUUACCCUCAAGAAUCUGGUCUUGACCAUCAAUCUGGACACCGCCACUGAGGACAAAACAACCAAGCAGCCACGCGAGUCAGUCGCCCACGCCAUCACCGCCGCCAUGUACCCUAAUAUUGGCGCCACCUUCCGUCGCAAAACCUCCACCGUCACGUGGAGAAUUCCCGAGCUGGAAGUCAAGGCUGCCACCACUCCAGACGUGGACAGCAAGUUCCUCGUCCGCUUCGUGACAUCCACCCCUGGACCUCGCAAGGGUACAGUUGAAGCGAAGUUCGAGCUCCGCGGCGCUGAAUCCGCUUCUCAGUUGGGUAUCAGCCGUGCUGCCUCAGACGAAGAGCAGAAGGAAGCCGACCCCUUUGCCGAUGGGGAUCGUGAGCUCCCGCUGUUCGCGACUUCGUGGCUGGGCGUCCCGACUACACGCAAGCUAAUCAGCGGAAAGUAUGUGUCUUCCUAG